AUGGAUGGAACAGUAGGGCAGGAAAUACCUUCACUUUCAGGAAGAGCUCUAAUCCUAGUGACAAGUUAUAAUGGCCCAUUUUAUGACGACGGCGACCUUACAGGAGUAUACUAUCCAGAGAUAUAUGGACUCUUUCAGGUUCUCGAGAGCAAUGGGUUUGAUGUUGAUUUUGCUUCUGACACUGGAGAGUAUGGAUUCGAUUGCAAAUCACUACAGGAAUCUUGUACUACGAAGGAAGCUUUGGAUGUCCUCGAUGAUCCGAAGAGUAUGCUGGUAGUUAAAUUGAAGACAAUAUCUCGCUUGAGUCGCCUCAACCCUGAUGACUACGAUGCAGUGAUCGUUUCGGGAGGAUACGGAUGCUAUUUCAACUAUUCCCAUUGCAAAGACGGUCGAGAGUUUAUGAGAGCUAUGUUUCGAAAAAAUAAGACUAUUGCUACAGUUGCUGAAGGUGUUUUGUUAUUGGCUUACACUACAAGAGACGAUGGUCAUACCCUGUGUUGGAAUCGAAGGAUAACCAGUUGUACUUGGAGAGAUUCGAUUCAAAAUGGGGUGCACGAUAUAUUAAAGAGAUUGCAUUUUCCUUCCAUCGAGGAUAUAUCCAAUGAAAGUGGUGCUAUCUUUCAAAAUCCGCCGGUGUUUCAUACAGAUGGUUUUGUUGUCGAGGAUGGAAACAUCAUAACUGGAUCGAACAGAAAUAGCGCUGAGCUGGUUGCUCAGAAAGUUGUGGAAAACUUGAAAUACAACUAG